AUGUUGGGGUUCUUUCCAGACCUCCCUGGCCCUCUGGGCCCAACCAGGUUACCACCACCACCACAGCCCUCAACGAUGAAGACAAGGCAGCAAAGCCUGAGGGAGCGUGUGAAGCCUGGACAGCCCUCUGGGAGGCAAGAACUGGGUGCACCAGCCAAAGUGGUGCCAGACUCUCGAAAGAAACCCGAUGAAGACAUCUACCUGGAGUGUGAGCCCAGUCCAGUCCCAGCUUUGACUCGGACUCCGAGCUCCCCAGUUCUGAUACCCCCAGCCACUAUGCCAAGGACAUUAGUGAUGCCCAGGGCCAUGGUACAGCUCCAAGAAGAUAAGAAUGGAGCAGUGAAUGCCACCUCGAAAGGGUUUUCACCAAAGCGGGGAACUCUCAGGCGACAUUUCAAGAACACUGCCUGUUUGGAGGUCGUGCGUGACCUCGCUGCCUCCACCUGGAGCACCUCGGCUGCUGAGGACAGCAGUCUGCUGCAUCAACCAUGGUACUCCGGGAACUGCGACCGUCAAGCUGUCGAGAAUGUCCUGCUACGAUUCCAAAAGGAUGGGGCCUACACCGUGCGCCCUAGCUCAGAGCCACAUGGCUCCCAAACCCUCACCCUGGCAGUGCUUCUCCAUGGCCGGGUCUUCAACGUUCCCAUCCGGCGGCUGGAUGGUGGGCGCCAUUAUGCUCUGGGCCGGGAGGGCAGGAACCACGAAGAGCUUUUCUCCUCCGUGGCCGCCAUGAUUGAGCACUACACGCAGCACCCCCUGCCCCUGGUGGACAGACACAGCGGCAGCCGGCAGUUCACCUGCCUGCUCUUCCCCAUUAAGCCCUAACCGCACAGUGGAUGUGCACAGCUACUCUGGCUCCAUAGUUUGCUCCUUGGGCUGUCUCCUCCUUUCCACUGCCACGUUUUUGCCCCUCCAAUCCUUUCCCGCCCCCUGCACCAGUCCCCACAGCCCCCCAUGGAGGCAUUAGUAUGAGUUGCCCAGAGACAGAAAGGGUCCCCAAGACCCCAGCCCAUGUUCACCCAGAGCCUGGGUGAAUGCAGGCCCUGCUGCGUCUCCAGGCCAGUUCCCCAGUCCCAGGCUCCAGGAAAGGCUGUGUCUGCCCUGUUUACUAGAGCAGCCUUCCAAGCCGUUCUGGAGGAAGACCUAGUGGUGGCCUAGAGCAGCCAGCUCCUCAAGGCAGCUGAGAGGCAGGGGGACGGCAUCAGCACUGCCUGCACACAGAGAGAAUCCUCUCAUUCUCUUGGGGGCUUAAAACAGAUUUGGCAUCUGGGAGGGACUUGGUCACCCUGCAUGUUGAUCACUUUCAAUAAAUGUUCGUUGAAUGAGUUGUGGAAUCGACUGCAAGAAGCAGUAGCCUGUGUUUAGCUCCAAGGUUUCUCAAGUAUCCCAGGGCAUAGAUGU